AUGUCCUUCUCCCGUGCCGCCUGCUCCUCGGCCGCCCUCUCGCGCUCCUCGCGCUCCCUCUUCUCAGCCCUCUCCUUGCGGAUCUUCUCCAUCUCACGCUGCAGCUCGGCCUCUUCGUCAUCGCUGUCGUCGUCACUGUCAUCGUCGUCGUCGUCGUCGUCCGCUUCGUCGUCGUCCUCCGAGUCGGCAUCGAUAUCCCGCGUCUCCUCUAGUAUCCUCCUCCGCUUGGCGGCGAAGUCUUCCUCGUCGGCCUCGGCCCCUUCGCCGCCGCCACCGCCCGGCCCGUCGAAGGGACGCUUUGACGCCGCCUGUCGCAGGGGGCGCGUCGGAGGGGGGAGGCAGGGGGGUGCCGUUCUUCUUGGCGGCGUGCGCGGCCUCGGCAGCGAGGAGCUCGGCGGCGAGAUCACGCGGCGCGUCGUCGUCUUCGUCGGCGGCGCCGCCCUGGCCUCGCUGGCGGAACUUGAGCUGGGUGUGGGCGGGCAGGAGCCGCUGGUGGUAGGCCGGGCCGCGGAGGGCCUCCUUGCCGCGGGCGGGGUCAAAGGUCGGCCUGUGGGCUGUGGUCAUGUUUCUGGAUGGAGGCGGUGGUAG